AUGAAGCAUUAUGCAGUACCAACUCUAAUUACCAAGCCAAAGACACUUAUAUUUCAUGUUGGAACCAACGACUUACAUAACAAAACACCAGAAGAUCUAAUAAAUGCAAUGAAUGAUCUUGGUGAAACGAUCCAUAGACAGAAUAACGAUCUGGAACUUAUAUGGUCGGAAAUAAUAACUCGAACUGAUGAUCCAAACUUAGCAGAAAAGGUAAAUGUAGUCAAUGCCGAGCUCGCUAAAUUAUGUACAGAUAAGGGCUGGGGACUUAUUAAACACAACAACAUUAAAGGAAGUCUUUUAAAUAACUCUGGUCUACAUUUAAAUAAACAUGGAACUACUAUAUUAGCUAAAAACAUAAGACAAUUUCUUAGCAGCCAUUGACUAGAUCCUGAGUUUUCAAACACUACGGAUCCUGAUUCAACAUUUUUGCAUAUCGUAGAUCAAAUAAACACACAGUCUAGUUCACGACAAACAAUGCAAAUAAACAGCACGCCUUAUCCAAAACUGAAGGCUUUAAAAUUGGCCAUCUAAACGUUGCAAGUCUAUAUAAGCAUGUUGAUGAACUAAGAAUUUUUAUGAACGAUAAAAUGUUUGACAUAUUAAGUAUCAAUGAAACUAGACUUGACGGCACUAUUGACAACAACGAAGUUAAUAUCACAGGUUAUGAUCUUAUUCGGAAAGACCGAAAUCGAAAUGGUGGGGGUGUCGCAAUUUAUUUACGAAAUGUUAUUCCCUACACUAUUUGCAAUCACUUACUUUCAAGUACAGUAGAAGCUAUUUGUAUUGAAAUUAACAAGCCUAACAGCAAACCUCUACUGAUCUCAACAUGGUAUCGUCCUCCCGAUGCCAAGAUAGAAUUACUUGUCCAUUUUGAAAUUUUUUUACAGAACAUUGAUGAAGAGGACAAAGAUUUUGUUAUAACUGGUGAUUUUAAUUGCAAUUUUCUGUCAACUGAAAAUAAUAACCAACAUACAAACAAAUUGAUUGA